UGACAUUCAUAUUUGAAAUUUUGCAACUUUUAAGGGAAACUUAACAGAUACGUACCAUUGAAUUAUCUCAUCCCAAACUUUGUGGCUUUUUUGAUGUUACUGGGACGGCAUUGUCUGUAAUUUCUUGCAUUUAUUCUGUAGAUAACUCACCAAAUCUGUUCUUUCAUCCAAUUUUUUAUCGACGAAACUUGGCUUCCCACAAAAAUUUUAUGCGGAGCAACAUUUGCCGCAUUCAUUUCCAUAUAAGGUCAAACGCAGGUAUAAUGGCUGGUAACCGAGAUCCAGUGAACCAAUCAGAAAGCUAGAAUCGAAUUAUCUGAGGCUUAGAAUUUAAUAAUUAUGUUUAUUCUAUUUCCACUUGACCUGGUUGUGCUGUGGUGUUUUCAUUACAGGCAGUAUGGCUUCAGCAAAGAGCAAAGAGAUAAGGAAAAAGAGCAAGCUGAGAAGAAGAAAGCCGCUGCUGUUGCUGGAAGAAUGAGGACAGCAUCUGGGGGUGAAGAAGAUGAGUAUGUCGUUGAACAGAAACGUCUGAAAUCACUGCUUAAGGGAAUGUCUGCUAUGGAGGGAAAAGAGGGUGCUCUUUCCUCAAGCACAGUGGGCUCUAUUGUCGGACUGCAGUCUGAAGAAAUCUCACAAAUUGCCUCCGAAUAUGCUGAGAGGCAAGCAGAGUUACAGGAGGACAUGGAGGCUCGCGGUGAGCGAAUUGGAGGAGUGCAAACUCAUAAGAGGAUGGUAGCUUCACUUGAGAAGCAAAUUGCUGUGCAGGAGAAGAAACUAGAGCAAGUACAAGAAAAGCACAAUAAACUUCAGGAAACAAUGUCUGAAGCUGAGGAGCAACUGUCACAGGCUGUAGCUCGUGGAGAGAGAAUCAGUGAAGAAAUGGACAAGUUUAGUCAAAUGGAGAGUGGGGAAAAUGCCAGCAUUCUUCAAAAGCUUCGUUCCAUCGUGGCUAUGAAUGAAAAUCUGAAGAAACAAGAACAGCAAUUUAGAGCUCACUGCAAGGAAGAAAUGACUCGUUUGCAAGAGAAUUUAGAAAAACUUAAAGUUCAAGGAUCUGAAGAUGACAGUGAGGAGAAGGAGAGAUUGGAGCUGAUUGGUAAACAGUACGAGGCGGACAAAGCAAAGUUAGAGAAGAUCAGACUUUUACUGGCUCGAAAGAACCGUGAAAUUUCCUCACUUCAAAGGAAGAUUGACGAGGUUCCAUCGCGCGCAGAGCUCACUCAGUACCAGAGAAGAUUUGUGGAACUCUAUAAUCAUGUGGCUGGAACUCAUAAAGAAACCAAACAAUUUUUCACUCUUUACAACACCUUGGAUGACACCAAACUAUACUUGGGCAAAGAGGUUAACUUGCUGAACUCCAUCCAUGACAACUUUGAACAAGCAAUGUCCUCUCCCACGAACAAGGAGCAGUUCUUGAAACAGUUUGACAGUAUUGUUAGAGGAAUCGUGGACAACAAAGAAAGGAUUGAAAAGAAGAAAGCUGUUGAGAAACAGCGGAGAGAUGCCUUAAAUCAAAAGUACCUUGACAUAGUGGAGCAAGAGAGACUGUACUUUAAAACAGUCAAAGAUUUUACUGAGGAAUGUCACAAGAACGAAGUUCUCCUAUCCAAGCUCAAAAGCCUUCAGAUUUCUUAGCUCUUGAUGACGCGUGCAGCCAACAUAAAGAAGCAAAUUAUGAAAUUAUUGUAAUCUUCUCGGUUUUUCGCUGGAUUUUCUGUUGCUGUUUUUUUUUUUUUUUUUGUAAUAGGGUGAGUAAGCUGUCUGUUUGGACGGACGUGGCUCAACUUGGAAAACAGGCGUUGUCCACUUCCCAACGAGUUUCCGAGCACAGCAAGAAAUCUGUAUUGUGGGAAAGAACGAUAAACUGAAAUUUUAAAACAUUGUAUUUUAUUAAUAAAUAUUAAACGUUCAUAUCGAGUCACGUAGAUUUACUUUCCAUUCAGUCACAGUGUAAAAUAUUUUUACAAAACUUGUCUUCUAGUUGCCUGAAGGAAUACAAAAUUGGUCAUUUCAGCUAAGAAUUUAUACUCGAGUUUCAUUUAGUUUAUAGUUUUUAGUUUAUAGCUAAAGAGGUGAUAAAUGGGCUGAAAAAUUAAACUGAACGCUAAGAAAUCCGCGAAAAUUUUGCUGAUGAUAUACCACUAUCAAAACCCUCUCAGAUUACCAUCAAAUUGUCCAAUAUCUAUUUUCACAGGUAGUGUCACUUUUGUACUUUAGUAGCUAUUACAUGCUACCUAACGUUCUUGUCCUGUUGCUAUUGUGACAAUAAUUUUCAAAAUAUUUUCAUUAAAUAUUGGGAUUUUUACGUGA